AUGUCUAAAAACGACGAUAUCAAAGCCUUUGCGGACAAGGAUGGCCAUUUUCGACGGCAACCAUCAAAGUUCCGCGACUGGAUUUCAAGAGAAUCGGGAGCCAAGUUUCCGCCCGAGAAAGAUCGUUAUGUUCUCUAUAUCAAUUGGGGAUGCCCCUGGGCGAACCGCACAGCCAUUGUUCGCAUGCUCAAGGGCCUCGAGGACAUCAUCCAACUAGUCGUGAUGGACUAUGUGAUGUUCCCCGAAGGCUGGGGCUAUAGCGGCCGCGACGGAACAGCUGAAAAGGAUCCUCUGUAUGGGUUCACCAGACACCGUCAAUUGUACGAGAAAGCAGAGCCAGGUUAUGAAGGCCGUGUCUUGGUACCCACGCUAUGGGACAAGAAGAACGAAACCAUCGUCAAUAAUGAAAGCUCAGAGAUUAUUCGCAUGUUCUACACCGAGUUUGAUGACUUGCUGCCUGAAAGGUUCCAAGAAAAGAGUCAUCCUGCUGGUGGGUAUUUUCCAGACUCAUUGAGACAGCAGAUUGAUGAUUUCAACGAAUGGGUCUACGACACCGUCAACAAUGGCGUUUACAAGUGUGGCUUCGCUAGCUCAAAAGAAGCCUAUGAUAAGAAUGUGGUCAUUCUGUUUGACAGCCUUGAUCGUGUGGAAGCACAUCUCGAGAACUCAGACGGACCAUUCCUGUUUGGAAAACAUCUUACCGAAGCAGAUAUCAGAUUGUACCCUUCAAUUGCGAGGUUUGAUGUCGCAUAUCACAACAUCUUCAAGUGCAAUCUGAAGAUGAUCAGACAUGAUUAUCCAAGAAUCGACAAGUGGUACCGAAACAUAUACUAUGACGAGGGAGAAGAAACAAGAGGUGGCGCAUUCAGGAAAGCGACACAUUGGGAUGCUAUCAAAUUUGGGUAUGCUGGCGCGAAGAAGCUUCAAGUGGUGCCUAAAGGUCCUGUGCCAGACAUUCUACCUAAAGAUGCAUGA